UAACAGAAAUAGACUUAAAUAAAAAUGUAUUAUUAUUAACAAAUUACCAAUAAAAUGUAAUCCAAAAAAGUGUUAAUCUAAGUUAAACCGAAAUAUAUUACGUGCUAUUGAAUAAAAAGCUAGAAUAUAAAUUGUCAAACUUAACCUAAAAAACAGCUAAAGAUAUAUAUUUUUGUUUGGCUUCGUUCUGUUGAGUUGUUGUGACGAUAUGGCACUUCAGUUGUCCCGACGCGAGGUGGAGGAACUCCGGUCGUCAAUAGACCGUGCCAUAUACAGGACUAUAGGAAAAUCGGAUAACUCAAUUCUAUCGACUGUUUCGUCGUGUUUGACGAACGGAUAUGAACGUAGAAAAAUUAUUGACCGACUUUCAUCGCACAUAGACUCCAAAAAGGCAAGCAAACUAACCGAUAAGGUCAUAGCAUUGGCCCAGGAACUGAUAACGUCAUCAAAAACUUCAUCGAAAAGGAAACAUGAGAGUGAUAGAGACAGAGAUGGUAAGAGAUCCCGGUACGAAGAUUCAAAACAAGAGGAGAAAGUUUAUGUGGAGAAAAAAGAUGUGGAGGAAAAGAAUGGAACUGAUGAUCUUCCCGCUAUUCCCGAAGGAGAGACUCCAGGAUCGAAGAUGGCUAUCCUGAGUGCAGACAGGAUUAAGUUAAUGAUGGCCAACGCUCAGAAAGAGAUAGAGGAACGCAAGAGAGCUCUUCAAGUGCUGAAGGGGGUUGAGACCAAACCGAGUGUUAAUGCUGCGGUGGCUGCGGCCCAACACCUGAAAGUGCAGAUGCAGCAGAACAAUGCGAUACCCCCACCGAGUGUAAUCAAACCUGUACUCUAUUCAAAGCCUGAAACUUUGCCGUUAUCACGCGAAGAAUUAGAGAAGCAAAGGAAGAUAGCCGAGCUGCAAGCAAGGAUACAGCGGAAACUUGCAGGGGGUGCCUUAUCAUCGACGCCGGGCUCGGGGCCCGCCCCCUUGAUCUUGGACCGUGAGGGUCGCACCGUGGACACCACGGGCAGGAUAGUUCAACUGACCCACGUGGCUCCCACGCUUCAGGCGAACAUUAGAGCGAAGAGACGCGAAGAGUUCAAAGCCCAGCUGUCCGGUCCCACUGAGGAGGUGGGUCCGGAGUCGUCCCGCUGGGUGGACCCGCGCGUGUCCUCGCGCCCCCACGCGCGCGCCAAGCGGCCCCUGCGCUUCCACGAGCCCGGCAAGUUCCGCCAGAUGGCCGAGAGGCUCAGGAUGAAGGCGCAACUGGAGAAGCUGCAGAACGAGAUAUCCCAGAUAGCGCGGAAGACCGGCAUCUCGUCCGCCACCAGGUUAGCGCUGCUGGCGGCCGACGCGCCCGACGCCGACGGACCCCCCGACGUGGAAUGGUGGGACAGCGUGAUCCUGAUGACGGCGGACGAGAGGGAGUCGAAGCGGCGCGGGGCCGGCGCUGAUGGGCGCACGGACGAGCAGCGCGUGGACGCCUGCAACACGGGCGAGGACGACAUAGUGGACAACAUCAACGAGGAGGCCAUCACCAACCUUGUGGAGCACCCGCAGCAGCUCAGGCCGCCCACGGAACCUCUCAAGCCGACGUUCAUGCCGGUCUUCCUGACGAAGAAGGAGAGGAAGAAACUGCGACGCCAGAGCAGACGGGAGGCUUGGAAGGAGGAGCAGGAGAAGGUCAGGCUCGGACUGGAAGCGCCACCAGAACCAAAGCUCAGGAUCUCGAAUCUGAUGCGAGCUUUAGGCACCGAAGCGGUGCAGGACCCCACGGCGAUCGAGGCCAAGGUCAGGGAGCAGAUUGCGAAGAGACAGAAGACGCAUCUGGAAGCGAACAAGGCGAGAGCUCUCACCAAGGAACAGAAGAGGGAGAAGGUUGACCGCAAGCUGCAGGAGGACACGUCGGCCGGGGUCCACGUGGCCGUGUACAGGAUCCGUGAUCUGUUCGAGUGCGCGUCGGCCAAGUUCAAGGUCGAGGUGAACGCUCAGCAGCUCCACAUGAGCGGCUGCGUGCUGCUGCACCGGGGCUGCUGCGUGGUGGUGGCAGAGGGGGGCCCACGCCAGCACGCCAAGUACAAGCGGUUGAUGCUGCACCGCAUUAAGUGGGAGGAGGACACCGUUAAGGACGCCGAGGGCUGCGACGUUCCUAACUCCUGUCACCUGGUCUGGGAGGGCACCACCAAACAAAGGGCCUUCGGGGAGAUCAAGUUUAAGGUGGUACCGACAGAGAAACAAGCGCGCGAGCAUUUCCAAAAACACGGCGUCGAACAUUACUGGGACCUGGCGUACAGCAGUGCGGUCCUCGGACCCACUAUAGAGGAGCCGUGAAAAUUGAUGGAUAAUAAAUAAGUUUAAUAAAGAAA